UGCGUCACCGGUGUUCGGCGCUCAGCUCCCGGAGCCCGCAGCCGCCGGAGGCCCCAGGGCUGGCCUGUCUGCCGCUCCCGGGGAGCCUGGUCCGCGGCGCGAUGAGGCGCAGCAAGGCCGACGUGGAGCGCUACAUCGCCUCGGUGCAGGGCUCCGCCCCGUCGCCCCGAGAGAAGUCAAUGAAAGGAUUCUAUUUUGCAAAGCUGUACUAUGAAGCUAAAGAAUAUGAUCUUGCUAAAAAAUACAUUUCUACGUAUAUUAAUGUGCAAGAGAGAGACCCUAAAGCCCACAGAUUUUUGGGUCUUCUUUAUGAAGUUGAAGAAAAUACAGACAAAGCUGUAGAAUGUUAUAAGCGUUCAGUGGAAUUAAACCCAACACAAAAAGAUCUUGUGUUGAAGAUUGCAGAAUUGCUUUGUAAAAAUGAUGUGACCGAUGGAAGAGCAAAAUACUGGGUUGAAAGAGCAGCCAAACUUUUCCCAGGAAGUCCUGCCAUUUAUAAGUUAAAGGAACAACUUUUAGAUUGUAAAGGUGAAGAUGGAUGGAAUAAACUUUUUGACUUGAUUCAAUCAGAACUUUAUGCAAGACCUGAUGAUGUUCAUGUAAAUAUCCGACUAGUAGAGCUUUAUCGUUCAAAUAAAAGAUUGAAGGAUGCUGUGGCCCACUGCCAUGAGGCAGACAGGAACACAGCUUUACGUUCAAGUUUAGAAUGGAAUUCAUGUGUUGUACAGACUCUUAAGGAAUAUCUGGAGUCUCUGCAGUGCUUGGAUCCUGAUAAAAGUACUUGGAGAGCAACCAAUAAAGACUUGCUUCUAGCGUAUGCUAACCUUAUGCUACUGACACUUUCCACCAGAGAUGUGCAGGAAAGUAGAGAACUAUUGGAAAGUUUUGAUAGUGCUCUUCAGUCUGUGAAAUCUUCUGUGGGUGGAAAUGAUGAGCUAUCAGCUACUUUCCUAGAAACGAAAGGACAUUUCUACAUGCAUGUUGGCUCUCUGCUUUUGAAAAUGGGUCAGCAGAGUGACAUCCAGUGGCGAGCUCUUUCUGAGCUGGCUGCAUUGUGUUAUCUUGUAGCAUUUCAGGUUCCAAGACCAAAGGUUAAAUUAAUAAAAGGAGAAGCUGGACAAAAUCUACUGGAAACGAUGGCCCAUGAUCGCCUUAGCCAGUCAGGGCACAUGUUGUUAAACUUAAGUCGUGGCAAGCAAGACUUUCUAAAGGAAGUUGUGGAAUCUUUUGCUAACAAAAGUGGCCAGUCUGCUCUCUGUGAUGCUCUGUGUUCCAGUCAGUCAUCCAAGGAGAGAUCCUUUCUUGGUAAUGAUGAUAUUGGAAACCUUGAUGGACAAGUGCCAGACCCUGAUGACUUGGCUAGAUAUGAUACUGGUGCCGUUCGAGCACAUAAUGGUAGUCUUCAGCACCUUACCUGGCUUGGCUUACAAUGGAAAUCACUGUCUACUUUACCAGCAAUUCGAAAAUGGUUAAAACAGCUCUUCCACCAUUUGCCUCAGGAGACGUCAAGGCUUGAAACAAAUGCACCUGAAUCAAUAUGUAUUUUAGAUCUUGAAGUAUUCUUACUUGGAGUUAUAUAUACCAGUCACUUACAAUUAAAGGAGAAGUGUAAUUCUCACCAUACUUCCUAUCAGCCAUUAUGUUUGCCACUUCCUGUGUGCAGACAGCUUUGUACAGAAAGACAGAAGACAUGGUGGGAUGCAGUUUGUACUCUGAUUCACAGAAAGGCGUUACCUGGAACCUCAGCAAAAUUGCGACUUCUAGUUCAACGUGAGAUAAACAGUCUGAGAGGCCAGGAAAAGCACGGCCUUCACCCUGCUCUGCUUGUGCAUUGGGCCCAGAGUCUUCAAAAAACAGGCAGCAGUCUUAAUUCUUUUUAUGAUCAACGGGAAUACAUAGGCAGAAGUGUUCAUUAUUGGAGGAAAGUUUUACCAUUGUUGAAGAUGAUCAGAAAGAAGAAUAAUAUUCCUGAACCUAUUGAUCCUCUGUUUAAACAUUUCCAUAGUGUGGAUAUUCAGGCAUCUGAAAUUGGUGAAUAUGAAGAAGAUGCACACAUAACUUUUGCUAUAUUGGAUGCUGUUAAUGGAAAUAUAGAAGAUGCCAUGACUGCUUUUGAAUCGAUUAAAAAUGUAGUUUCUUACUGGAAUCUUGCACUGAUUUUUCACAGGAAAGCAGAAGACAUUGAAAAUGAUGCCUUGUCUCCUGAAGAACAAGAAGAAUGCAAAAAUUAUCUGAGAAAGACUAGGGACUACCUGAUAAAGAUUUUAGAUGAUAGUGAUUCAAAUACUUCUGUGGUUCAGAAAUUGCCUGUUCCCCUUGAGUCUGUAAAAGAGAUGCUGAACUCAGUUAUGCAGGAACUUGAAGACUACAGUGAAGGAGGUACUCUUUAUAAAAACGGUUGCUGGCGAAAUGCUGAUUCAGAGUUAAAGCAUUCAACACCAUCUCCUACCAAAUAUUCUCUAUCACCAAGUAAAAGUUACAAGUACUCUCCAAAAACACCACCUCGAUGGGCAGAAGAUCAAAAUUCUUUACUGAAAAUGAUCUGCCAGCAAGUAGAGGCCAUUAAGAAAGAAAUGCAGGAAUUGAAGCUAAAUAGCAAUAACUCUGCAUCCCCUCAUCGCUGGCCGGCAGAACAUUAUGGACAAGACCCAGCUCCUGAUGGGUAUCAGGGGUCACAAACUUUUCACGGGGCUCCACUAACAGUUGCAACUACUGGCCCAUCAGCAUAUUAUAGUCAGUCACCUGCAUAUAAUUCCCAGUAUCUUCUCAGACCAGCUGCUAAUGUAACUCCCACAAAGGGUCCAGUUUAUGGCAUGAAUAGGCUUCCACCCCAACAACAUAUUUAUGCAUAUUCACAACAGAUGCACACACCGCCAGUACAAAAUUCAUCUGCUUGUAUGUUCUCUCAGGAAAUGUAUGGUCCUCCCUUGCGUUUUGAGUCUCCUGCAACAGGAAUUCUAUCACCCAGGGGUGAUGAUUAUUUUAAUUACAAUGUUCAACAGACAAGCACAAAUCCACCUUUGCCAGAACCAGGGUAUUUCACAAAGCCACCACUUGUAGCUCAUGCUUCAAGGUCAGCAGAAUCAAAGGUUAUAGAAUUUGGAAAAUCUAAUUUCGUUCAGCCCAUGCAGGGUGAAGUAAUAAGGCCACCUUUGACAACACCAGCACAUACAGCACAGCCAACUCCCUUUAAAUUUAACUCAAAUUUCAAAUCAAAUGAUGGUGACUUCACAUUUUCAUCACCACAGGUAGUGACACAGCCUUCUUCAACAGCUUAUAGUAAUAGUGAAAGUCUUUUAGGUCUCCUGACUUCAGAUAAGCCUUUACAAGGAGAUGGCUAUAGUGGACUAAAGCCAAUAUCUGGUCAAGCUAGUGGGUCUCGGAAUACAUUCAGUUUUGGAAGCAAAAAUACACUUACAGAAAACAUGGGCCCAAAUCAGCAGAAGAAUUUUGGUUUUCGUCGAAGUGAUGACAUGUUUACUUUUCACGGUCCAGGGAAGUCCAUAUUUACAACACCUGCUUCAGACCUGGCAAAUAAAAGUCAUGAAACAGAUGGAGGAAGUGCUCAUGGGGAUGAGGAAGAUGAUGGCCCUCACUUUGAGCCUGUGGUACCUCUUCCUGACAAGAUAGAAGUAAAAACUGGUGAGGAAGACGAAGAAGAAUUCUUUUGCAAUCGUGCAAAGUUGUUCCGUUUUGAUGGUGAAUCCAAAGAAUGGAAGGAACGUGGAAUAGGCAAUGUAAAAAUACUAAGGCAUAAAACAUCUGGUAAAAUUCGCCUUUUGAUGAGACGAGAGCAAGUAUUAAAGAUCUGUGCAAAUCAUUACAUAAGCCCAGAUAUGAAACUGACACCAAAUGCUGGCUCAGAUAGAUCUUUUGUAUGGCACGCCCUUGAUUAUGCAGAUGAAUUGCCAAAACCAGAACAACUUGCAAUUAGAUUCAAAACUCCUGAGGAAGCAGCACUAUUUAAGUGUAAAUUUGAAGAGGCCCAGAACAUUUUAAAAGCCUUAGGAACAAAUGCAUCUACAGCACCAAAUCAUACUCUUAGAAUUGUCAAAGAAUCUGCAACUCAGGAUAACAAGGACAUUUGCAAAUCUGACGGUGGAAACUUGAAUUUUGAAUUCCAGAUUGUAAAGAAGGAAGGGCCUUGCUGGAAUUGUAACAGCUGCUCCUUUAAGAAUGCUGCAACUGCUAAGAAAUGUGUAUCAUGCCAGAAUACAAACCCAACCAGUAACAAAGAGCUCCUAGGUCCUCCGUUAGUUGAAAAUGGCUUUGCUCCUAAAACUGGCCCAGAAAGUGCUCAAGAUCGAUUUGCAAUAAUGCCUCCAAAUAAAGAAGGCCAUUGGGAUUGCAGUGUUUGUUUAGUAAGAAAUGAACCCACUGUUUCUAGGUGCAUUGCAUGUCAGAACACAAAGUCUGCUAACAAAAAUGGGUCUUCUUUUGUUCAAACUUCUUUCAAAUUUGGUCAGGGAGCUCUUCCUAAGUCUGUUGACAGUGAUUUCAGAUCUGUUUUUUCUAAAAAAGAAAGUCAGUGGGAAUGCAGUGUAUGCCUAGUAACAAAUGAAAGAAGCGUUACAAAAUGUGUUGCUUGUGAGAACCCAGGAAAACAGGUGAAAGAAUGGAAUUGUAGUUUGUGCUCAGUGAGAAAUGAAGCGCAUGCUAUAAGAUGUGUUGCUUGUGAUAAUCCUGUUUCACCAAGUUUAUCUAUUGCACCUCCGUCUUUCAAGUUUGGUACCUCAGAGACGAGUAAGCCUUUCAGGAUUGGAUUUGAGGGUAUGUUCGCCAAGAAGGAAGGACAGUGGGACUGUAGCUUGUGUUUUGUCCGAAAUGAAGCCAGUGUUACUCAUUGUAUUGCUUGUCAGAAUCCAAAUAAGCAGAAUCAGCCUACAUCUUGUGUAUCAGCUCCUGCCUCUUCAGAGACAAGCAGGUCUCCAAAGAGUGGCUUUGAAGGCUUACUCACCAAAAAGGAAGGGGAGUGGGAGUGUGCUGUUUGUUCUGUACAAAACGAGAGCUCUUCCCUAAAAUGUGUGGCUUGUGAAGCCUCUAAACCAACUCAUAAGCCUCAUGAAGCUCCUUCAGCUUUCACAGUGGGCUCAAAGUCACAGUCAAAUGAAUCUUCAGGAAGUCAAGUGGGAACUGAAUUCAAAAGUAACUUUCCAGAAAAGAAUUUUAAAGUUGGCAUUUCAGAGCAGAAAUUUAAAUUUGGGCAUGUGGAUCAAGAAAAAACACCUUCCUUUGCUUUUCAGGGUGGCUCUAAUAUAGAAUUUAAGUCAAUCAAGGAUGGAUUUAGUUUUUGCAUUCCUGUAUCUGCUGAUGGGUUUAAAUUUGGCAUUCAGGAAAAGGGAAAUCAAGAGAAGAAGAAUGAAAAACAUCUUGAAAAUGAUCCCAGUUUUCAAGCUCAUGAUACUAGUGGCCAGAAGAAUGGUAGUGGUGUGGUCUUUGGUCAGACAAGCAGCACCUUCACCUUUGCAGACCUUGCAGAGUCAACAUCAAAGGAAGGAUUUCAAUUUGGCAAGAAAGACCCUAAUUUCAAGGGAUUUUCAGGUGCAGGAGAAAAAUUAUUCUCAUCACAAAGUGGCAAAGUGACUGAGAAAGCAAAUACGUCUUCAGAUCUUGAGAAAGAUGAUGAUGCCUAUAAGACUGAGGACAGUGAUGACAUCCAUUUUGAACCAGUAGUGCAGAUGCCAGAAAAGGUAGAACUAGUAACAGGAGAAGAAGAUGAAAAAGUUUUGUAUUCACAAAGGGUGAAAUUAUUUAGAUUUGAUGCUGAGAUAAGUCAGUGGAAAGAAAGGGGUUUGGGGAAUUUAAAAAUUCUCAAAAAUGAAGUCAAUGGUAAACUGAGAAUGCUGAUGCGAAGAGAACAAGUGCUAAAAGUUUGUGCCAAUCAUUGGAUAACCACUACAAUGAACCUGAAGCCUCUCUCAGGGUCAGAUAGAGCAUGGAUGUGGCUAGCUAGUGAUUUUUCCGAUGGUGACGCAAAACUAGAACAACUGGCUGCAAAGUUUAAAACGCCAGAGCUAGCUGAAGAAUUCAAGCAGAAAUUUGAGGAAUGUCAACGUCUUCUCUUAGACAUUCCACUUCAGACACCCCAUAAACUUGUAGAUACUGGCAGGGCUGCUAAAUUAAUACAGAGAGCUGAGGAAAUGAAGAGCGGACUGAAAGAUUUCAAAACAUUUUUGACUAAUGAUCAAGCAAAGGUCACUGAUGAAGAGAACACAAGUUCAGGUGCAGAUGCUUCCAGUGCUCCAGACACUACAGUCAAGCCAAACCCUGCUAACACUGGGCCCGCCUUAGAAUGGGACAACUAUGACUUACGGGAAGACGCCUUGGAUGACAGUGUCAGCAGCAGCUCAGUUCAUGCUUCUCCAUUGGCAAGCAGCCCUGUGCGGAAAAACCUCUUCCGCUUUGGUGAGUCAACUACAGGAUUUAACUUCAGUUUUAAAUCUGCUCUGAGUCCAUCUAAGUCUCCAGCCAAAUUGAACCAGAGUGGAACUUCAGUUGGCACGGAUGAGGAAUCUGAUGUUACUCAAGAAGAAGAGAGAGAUGGACAGUACUUUGAACCUGUUGUUCCUUUACCUGAUCUAGUUGAAGUAUCCAGUGGUGAGGAGAAUGAACAAGUUGUUUUUAGUCACAGAGCAAAACUUUACAGAUAUGAUAAAGAUGUUGGCCAGUGGAAAGAAAGAGGCAUUGGAGAUAUAAAGAUCUUACAGAAUUACGAUAAUAAACAAGUUCGCAUCGUGAUGAGAAGGGACCAGGUAUUAAAACUUUGUGCUAAUCAUAGAAUAACUCCAGAUAUGACUUUGCAAACUAUGAAAGGGACUGAAAGAGUGUGGGUGUGGACUGCAUGUGAUUUUGCAGAUGGAGAAAGAAAAAUUGAACAUUUGGCUGUUCGUUUUAAACUACAGGAUGUUGCAGACUCAUUUAAGAAAAUUUUUGAUGAAGCAAAAACAGCUCAAGAAAAAGAUUCAUUGAUAACACCUCAUGUUUCUCAUCUGAGCACCCCUAGAGAGUCACCAUGUGGCAAAACUGCUAUUGCUGUUUUAGAAGAAACCACAAGAGAAAGGACAGAUUUAACUCAGGGAGAUGAAGUAAUAGAUACAACUUCAGAAGCUGGAGAAACAUCUAGCACUUCUGAAACAACACUGAAAGCAGUGGUUUCUCCUCCUAAGUUUGUAUUUGGCUCAGAAUCUGUUAAAAGCAUUUUUAGUAGUGAAAAAUCCAAGCCAUUUGCAUUUGGCAACAGUUCAGCUACUGGUUCUUUGUUUGGAUUUAGUUUUAAUGCACCUUUGAAAAAUAGCAAUAGUGAAAUGACUUCCAGAGUCCAGAGUGGAUCUGAAGGAAAAGUAAAACCUGACAAAUGUGAGCUGCCCCAGAACUCUGACAUCAAGCAAUCUUCUGAUGGCAAAGUCAAAAAUCUCAGUGCCUUUUCAAAAGAGAACUCUUCAACUAGUUAUACAUUUAAAACACCAGAAGAGGCACGAGAGAAGAGUAAACCUGAAGAUCUCCCCUCAGAUAAUGAUAUUCUCAUUGUGUAUGAACUCACUCCCACCCCUGAGCAGAAAGCCCUUGCAGAGAAACUUCUGCUUCCUUCAACUUUCUUUUGUUAUAAGAAUAGGCCUGGUUAUGUUAGUGAAGAAGAGGAGGAUGAUGAAGAUUAUGAAAUGGCUGUCAAGAAGCUUAAUGGAAAACUCUAUCUGGAUGAUUCAGAAAAACCAUUGGAAGAAAAUCUAGCAGAUAAUGACAAGGAAUGUGUCAUUGUUUGGGAAAAGAAGCCGACAGUUGAAGAGAGAGCAAAAGCAGACACUUUAAAGCUCCCACCUACGUUUUUCUGCGGAGUCUGCAGUGAUACUGAUGAGGACAAUGGAAAUGGGGAGGACUUUCAGUCGGAGCUUCGGAAAGUCUGUGAAGCUCAGAAAUCCCAGAAUGAGAAAGUGACUGAUACAGUUGGUAUUGAGCAUAUAGGUGAGACUGAAGUAACAAACCCUGUUGGCUGUAAGUCUGAAGAACCUGAUUCUGAUACUAAACAUAGUAUCUCAUCCCCUGUUUCUGGGACUAUGGACAAACCCGUAGAUUUGUCCACUAGAAAAGAAACUGACAUGGAAUUCCCAAGCAAAGGGGAAAGCAAGACUGUUUUGUUUGGAUUUGGAAGUGGCACAGGCCUGUCAUUUGCAGACUUGGCUUCAAGUAAUUCUGGAGAUUUUGCUUUUGGUUCUAAAGAUAAAAAUUUCCAGUGGGCAAAUACUGGAGCAGCUGUGUUUGGAACACAGUCAACAAAUAAAGGUGGUGAGGAUGAAGACGGCAGUGAUGAAGAUGUAGUUCAUAAUGAGGACAUCCACUUUGAACCGAUAGUCUCCUUACCAGAGGUAGAAGUGAAAUCUGGAGAGGAAGAUGAAGAAGUUUUGUUCAAAGAGAGAGCCAAACUUUAUAGAUGGGAUAGAGAUGUCAGUCAGUGGAAGGAGAGAGGUAUUGGAGAUAUAAAGAUUCUCUGGCAUACAAUAAAGAAUUAUUAUCGGAUCCUAAUGAGAAGAGACCAGGUUUUUAAAGUGUGUGCCAACCAUGUUAUUACCAAAGCCAUGGAAUUAAAACCGUUAAAUGUUUCUAACAAUGCCUUAGUGUGGACUGCCUCAGAUUAUGCAGAUGGAGAAGCAAAAGUAGAACAGCUUGCAGUGAGAUUUAAGACAAAGGAAAUGACUGAGAGUUUUAAGAAGAAAUUUGAAGAAUGUCAACAAAAUAUAAUGAAACUCCAGAAUGGACAAACAUCCCUUGCAGCAGAAUUAUCAAAGGAAACCAAUCCUGUGGUGUUCUUCGAUGUUUGUGCGGAUGGUGAACCUCUAGGACGGAUAAUCAUGGAAUUAUUUUCAAAUAUCGUUCCUCAAACUGCUGAGAACUUCAGAGCAUUAUGCACUGGAGAGAAGGGCUUUGGUUUUAAGAACUCCAUUUUUCACCGAGUAGUUCCAGAUUUUAUUUGCCAAGGGGGAGAUAUUACCAAAUACAAUGGAACAGGCGGUCAGUCCAUUUAUGGAGUUAAAUUUGAUGAUGAAAACUUUGAUUUGAAACACACUGGUCCUGGCUUACUAUCCAUGGCCAAUUGCGGCCAGAAUACCAACAGCUCUCAAUUUUUUAUAACACUGAAGAAAGCAGAACAUUUGGACUUUAAGCAUGUAGUCUUUGGGUUUGUUAAGGAUGGCAUGGAUACUGUGAGAAAGAUUGAAUCAUUUGGUUCUCCUAAAGGGUCUGUUAGUAGAAGAAUUUGUAUCACAGAAUGUGGACAGCUAUAAAAUAAUUUUUCACAGUGAGUUUUAUCUAUAUAAGCAGUUGAAUUGAUGCUUAAUUGUUACAGACAGUAUAGUAAUUAUGUUCACCUUUUGAAAACAUGUUUCUGAUGUAUAAAUGUAAUAUUGUAGCUUAUAGCUGUUGUCACUUUUUAGUGUGUAAUAAUUGAUCUUGCAUGGUGUGAAAUAAAAGUUUAAACACUGGUGUAUUUCAGGUGUACUUAUUUUUAUGUACUCCUGACAUAUCUGUAUUAGAAUGGCUAAUACAAAUUCUGUUAAAAGCAAUAGAAUUUCCCGGACUAUUGAAGUAAUAUGAUAUAUGCAACUUAUUUUAAUUCCUGUUAAGAUAUCUGGACUUCCUGCAUGGUACUUAUUAUUGAAUAAGGGGACCAUAAUGCAGAUAAUUUUAUUUUAGAUUUGAAACAUAUGUAUAUAUAUACACACAUAUAUCUUAGCUAUUCCUGUGCUCAUUUAUGUAUAGACUGACUUAUGGAUAGAGCCACAGAAGAUAGGAGUUAACCAAAGUGCUCUUCUGUCAUUUUUAUGCUCCUGUGUAGUUAAAAAUUAACUUUUAAGUAGGAUACUGUCUUUUCUUGAUAUGUGCUCUUUUGAAGACAUUAAUUUUUACAUUUUAAAUAAGUUGAUCAUUUCCUUAGCUAGCCUUCUCUCCUUUCCCCUCCCCAUCCUUCUUUCUUGUCUUUCUUUCUUCCUUCUUUCAUUCACCUUUCUGUUACCUGUCUCUACUACCUCAGAAACUUCAGCUUGGACCUGAUGAUAGAAUUGAAUUUUUCUCUAGUUCUUGUGAUAAAGUAUCAAUAUUUUUAAAAGAUCUAUACCAUGUUCUUUGGUUAAAGAUUUGCUUUAUAUUAGAUUGUUGCAGUACCUUUUUUCUGGUGAAUUUUGUAGCAGAAAUAAAGUGAUAAUUGAUAACAGCCAUGACAUUUAAAACA